GGCGGCAGGGAGAAAGGCGGAAAGGGGGUUGUUCUAAACUCUGCUUUCCUUGAGCAGCUCACUGCAUGUUGCCCUUGGGUCUGGCAGGGCCAGAUGUCUAGGAGCUCAGUGAUCACAAAGGGCUGGAAAACCCCUGGAAGUUCUUCAGAAUUGAUUGAAGAAGAAGACUGUUUCAAGAAGUUUCCUUCUCUGAGCGAGAUAAUGAGCAGGAGUGUCUACAAGCUGGGAAGCUCGAGAUGGUCCUGAGCGGGGCACUGUGCUUCCGAAUGAAGGAUGCAGCAUUGAAGGUGCUUUACCUGCAUGAUAAUCAGCUUCUAGCUGGAGGCCUACAAGCGGGGAAGGUCAUUAAAGGUGAGGAGAUCAGCGUUGUCCCCAAUCGGUCUCUGGAUGCCAAGCUCUCUCCGGUCAUCCUGGGCGUCCAGGGUGGGAGCCAAUGCCUGUCGUGUGGGACAGGGCAGGAACCAACCCUGAAACUAGAGCCAGUGAACAUCAUGGAGCUCUAUCAUAGUGCUGAGAAGUCUAAGAAAUUCACCUUCUACCGGCGGGACACGGGGCUCACCUCCAGCUUUGAGUCGGCUGCCUACCCAGGCUGGUUUCUUUGCACGGUGCCUGAAGCUGACCAGCCGCUGCAGAUCACCCAUCUCCUGAAGGACACCAGCUGGGACGAGCCCAUCACUGACUUCUACUUCCAGCAAUGUGACUAGGGCAAUGUGUCUCCAGGGCUCCCUGGAAGGCCAGCUCUGGCAGGGGCUGGAGGCAUAGGAGGAUACCCGUGGUGAUCACUCUGCCUCUACCCUCAUGGCCCCCACUUUUGAGGGCUGGGCAUACUGCCACUCUUCCUGCCCUUGUUUCCCAGUUUGGGUAAAUCCUUCUGAGAUUUGGGGCUUUCUACAGUUUCCUCUUCUGCUGAUUGGCACUACUGGUGUGAAUCCUUGAAAAAGUCCCAUGAAAUAAACCUCUAAUGAGUCAGGGUCAGGGGAGUGGUGGAAACCUUCCAUGCUUUUUGAUAACUUACCUGGUAGCUUUGAGCCCCACAGGGCAGCACAUCUCUAGUUGAGCCUAUCAGGGCCACCAGCUGGCCACACGAGGUCUCCACUGUGCAGAAGAGGGAGAGUGGUCAUAGAGUUGAGGACUCAGACCCCACCCCCUUCUCUUUAAUUCAGCCACCAUCAUAUGCUGCCUUUCCCAUCUCUACCUUCAUGUUUCAGCCAUGGAUGGGAGAGGGUAGUGGUGUCUGAGGAAGUGGCUCCAACUCAGAAGACGGAAAUGGGCAUGUCAUACCUUUUGAAACCCAAGGUACAAUUAAAACCCAAGAUACUGAUGUAUCUUCACACAGAAAGAUGCUCAUGACGUAUUGAGCGAGAAGAAUGAGUUACAAAGUAGCAUAUUUUUUAAUUGCAAUUUAAUGAAAAAAACCUAUUUAUAUAUAUUUCUGCAUAGAAACAAAAGUCUGAAAGAGUUGACUUCCAUUUUAGCAAUGUCAGGGUAAUGCUAUUAGAGGUGAUUUUUCUUUCCUUCUUUUUAUUUAUCUGUAUUUUCUAAUUGUUCUACAAUGAAGCUGGAGUGGCUGAUGAUCCCCAGUCGCUUGGUAUUCAUGCCCCACCCCUGUGCUUCCUCCCACAUUGAAUCACAGUUGUUUCCAUGACCAGUAGAACACAACAGAAGUGAUGUUAUGUUGCUUGUGAGAUUAAGUUAUAAAAGACACUGUGGCUUCUA